AUGGCUGUCAUCAAACCUCUAGAAAAGCCUCGCCCUAAGUUUAGCGAGCUACCACUAGCACCUACGGAACCCCCGGUCUCUGCUUGGGGCUUAUGGGGAGACCAGGACGAACUAGGUACCCUCAACCUGCUGACCCCAGAUGUUGUCAGAAGGGCCGCAAAAGAGGUUGUCAAUGGAGAGACCAUCCCCCUCAAUCUGCCCCUGGAUGAAUUCAUUCAACCGAUGAAUCCGCUACGCAAGCCUUGUUCUCACCACAUUAUCGUGAAGGGACAUGCCAAUGAUGACGAGCUCGACAUCAAUACCCAAGGAUCUAGUCAUUGGGACGGCCUUAGACAUUACCCUUACCAAGAGAGCUUGAAGUACUACAACGGGGUAACGCAAGAAGAUAUUUCGGGAGAGGAGCUAAACUACAAAGCCGGUAUUCAAAAUCUUGCAGAAAAGACGAUCACUGGUCGUGGCGUCUUGCUGGAUUGGUUCUCAUGGGCACUGAAACAAGAAAUCGAGAUUGAUCAUUUCUCCAGGCACGAGAUUCCCCUCGAGCAAAUUCUUGAAGUGGUCAAGGAACAGAAGGUUGAGUUCCUUCCGGGCGAUAUCCUCCUCAUUCGCACUGGUUGGAUUCCAGCAUACCGUGCUCUGUCACCUGCCGCCCAGGUCGCAUUGUCCAGCAGAGCGAUACGUGCGUCUUGCGGGAUCCAGGCCAGCGAAGCUGCCAUUCGAUGGCAUUGGGACAACGCAUUUGCAGCGGUGGCUAGUGAUACUGUCGCGUAUGAAGCAUGGCCGAGUACAAAGCCAUAUGGUGUCUCUAUGCACGAAGUAUUCUUAAGCGGAUGGGGGAUGCCAAUUGGAGAGAGCUUUGAUUUGGAGAAGUUGGCUACCAAAUGCCAGCAGGAAGGCAGGUGGACGUUCAUGUUAGUCAGUGUACCAUUGAAUAUUCCAGGAGGCGUUGCAAGUCCUCCCGGUGCGGUCGCUAUCUUCUAG